AUGGAGGAAGAACUACCCCAAACCGCCCCAUUGAAUCUGGUGGCUCCCACUAUUCCUGACCAGCAGCCUCUUUGUGACUCCAGCACCCCUCAUCCCCGCACUCCUAGUAAGACUCAGGACGAGCAUCCACAUGAUACCCCUUGUUCCCACACUCCUAGUAAGACUCAGGACGAGCAUCCACAUGAUACCCCUCGUGCUGACCUUACCCAUGAUGCCCCUCGUGACAACGCUCUCCAUGACCCUCAGGAUGGUCGUGACCCUCCGCAUGGCCCUCUUCAUGACCCUCCGUGUGACCCUCGGGAUGGUCGUGACCCUCUGCAUGGCCCUCUUCAUGACCCUCAGGAUGGUCGUGACCCUCCGCAUGGCCCUCUUCAUGACCCUCCUCGUGACCCUAGGGAUGGUCGUGGCCCUCUUCAUGACCCUCCGCGUGGCCCUCUUCAUGAUCCUCGAGAUGGUCGCGACCCUGCAUACAACUAUCGUGAGGUCAUACAUGACCCUCACAAUGACCUUCGUGAUCCUCGUUAUCCUCACACCCGAGGGUACUCCCAAGAACCUGCGCAUGGCCUUGACCGUGACACUCUUCACCCCCACGAUGCAUUCUACCACCACAAUUCUCGUAAUUCCCACUAUGGUCCACCUCAAGAUCUUUAUGCAUCCGGUGAUACUCGUGACAGCUCACCUGUGCCCGAUUUUCAUGGUAACUAUAGUCCUGAUGAGCAUGAACAUGCCUACCCAAGUCGAUACAGUCCUGGGGUUGACUCAGGCUAUGGUUGUGAAAGUGGAUACAGGUCCCGACACGAUGACCUUGAUGAGCGUGGGCAAUCACUACCUCCUUAUCAUAGUUGUCCAUUUGGUGGAGGGAAUUACCAUGAGGAUGGAUAUGGCAGAAGAUUCCAAGAUUCGAGAUGGGGUGAAGCUGCUCAUUUGGACUAUGGUCGCAAUGCUAUUCCACGAGCAUUCAGUCGGGAUUUGCCCAAUCCACGGCCUCUCCCCACUACUUAA